ACCCGGAAAUUACGCAGAUAUUUACUAGUUGAAUCGGCACGCGGCGAAUUAGUAGUUCUCUUGAGUGUAUUUAUCAUCAAAAUUGUGUGCCGCAGUUUUUGUUAGCACGAUCAAAUAAAUUUAAACGAUAAAUAUCAGAUUUUAUUGAUAGAAAUCAAUUAUCAAUCCACUUAUUUUCCUUGAACGCCCAUGUUACAUCAGGUGCGCUAGCUUACGUGUGUUCAGCUCGUGGUUAUGUCUAAGUAAGCCAGCGAAGAGCACAAAUUUAUGAAGGUAAAGGUGGCAAUAAUUGUGUUGUAAAAGGAGGUAAAGCUUGUCGCAAUGUCUGCUCUUCGUCGAGUCGCUUUGUUUCCUCAGGUCAGGUUUUUACUCACAUGCGGAAAGAUUAACAGCUUCCGUCUUAGUGGGAAGACUUCUCUGCUGACAGACAGAACAGAGAUUCCAGCUUCCUGCUUGAGGUUCAUGUCGGGCUCAACUAGAGUGAAGAGGGUUUCUAUUGAAGGAAACAUUGCUGUUGGAAAGUCGACCUUUGCUAGACUCUUACAGUCUAGUUGUUCAGACUGGGAAGUGGUGGCAGAACCAGUCAGCAAGUGGCAGAAUGUUGAGAAUAACGCCUCCAAGAGCACAGAUUCACCUCCUCAGACAACAGUCAGUAACCUGCUGCAGAUGAUGUACCAGGACCCUCAGCGCUGGUCCUACACGUUUCAAACAUAUUCUUGUAUGAGCCGGCUGAGAACUCAACUGCAGCUUCCUUCAGCUCACCUGCUCGGCUCAGAGGCAGCACCUGUCCAGGUGUAUGAGCGCUCAAUCUACAGUGACAGAUACAUCUUUGCUCUUAAUUUGUUUGAGCUGGGUUGCAUCAAUGCGACGGAGUGGGCCAUCUACCAGGACUGGCACUCCUUUCUGGUGGAGCAGUUUGGACACAGAGUGGAGCUACAAGGCAUCAUUUACCUCAGAUCGUCUCCUCAGAAAUGCAUGGAGCGCCUGAGGCGUCGAGGAAGGCACGAGGAAAACGAAGUGAAGCUGGACUACCUGGACAAGCUGCAUGUUCAGCAUGAGAGGUGGCUGGUGGAGAAAAGCACAGAGAUACAUUUUGACAAAUUGAAAAAAGUACCAGUUUUACUACUCGAUGCCGGAGUGGAGUUUCAGAGUGACCCAGAAGUCCAGGAGCAGUUUAUCACAAAGGUGAAGAACUUCCUUGAUGCUUUGUGAGGAAACCAGUUGAACGGGUUAACUGAAGUUUUAACACUUAAGGAGCUCUUCAAGUGACGGAACAGCACCUUAAUGCUACGCUGUCUUUAGGACCACACUGUGUAAGAUGCACACCAAGUUCUUAUCAUUCUGUUACUCCUGUGCAACUUAUAGACUGUGCUGGUAAUUUAUGAGGAAAAAACAUGCAGAAAGACAUAUUUUAAUAAUUUUUUCACAUCUGAAACAUUAGCACAGAUGCGUCUUGUGGUUUUAUACAAUAAGCUAAAUAGUUACUGUGAACUGAUUUAUAGUUUCUAUGUGUGGGUUUAUUACAACUUGAAUGAAUAAAACAUUUAAAUAAUUCA